GCGGCGGAGCAGGAGCGGGGGAAUUGCUCCCGGCGCGCGCGCUAGCCUGGCCGCGGUGAGGGCUACGGGGCGGCAGGCACGUUGCAUGCCCUGGGCACCGCCUUUGAGAAGCGCGGCUGUGCGGCGCUCGAGCGCUGCAGUGGCGCGGUGAAGUGUCCCGGCGCCAGGGGAUGGGCACCCGGCCCCAGAGCCAGGCUGGCACCGCAAGCUGAAGGAGCCCUGGGCUGAGCUGGGCUGAGCUGGGCUGAGGUGGCGGUGGGCGGGUGCCCUCCUCGGGCUGUGCGCGACGUGUGGUUCUUCUUUGUGUGUGUGUGUCAAGAUAUCCCUGGGCAGGCGAGCGAUGCAGCGGGCGGCGGUGCUGGUCCGGCGGGGAUGCUGCCCCCAGGCCCGGGGCUCCUGGGGCCGCAGCCAGAGCAGUGCGGCCGCGGAGGCCUCGGCCGUGCUCAAGGUGCGGCCCGAGCGGAGCCCGCGCGAGCGCAUCCUCACGCUGGAGUCGAUGAACCCGCAGGUGAAGGCGGUGGAGUACGCGGUGCGGGGGCCCAUCGUGCUCAAGGCCGGCGAGAUCGAGCUCGAGCUGCAGCGAGGUAUCAAAAAGCCCUUCACUGAGGUCAUCCGUGCUAACAUUGGGGACGCCCAGGCCAUGGGCCAGCAGCCAAUCACCUUCCUCCGACAGGUGAUGGCACUCUGCACCUACCCAAACCUGUUGGACAGCCCCAGCUUCCCAGAAGAUGCUAAGAAACGAGCCCGGCGGAUCCUGCAGGCUUGUGGCGGGAACAGCCUGGGGUCUUACAGUGCUAGCCAGGGCGUCAACUGUAUCCGUGAAGAUGUGGCCGCCUACAUCACCAGGAGAGACGGGGGCGUGCCUGCGGACCCAGACAACAUCUACCUGACCACUGGAGCUAGCGAUGGCAUUUCUACCAUCCUGAAGAUCCUGGUGUCGGGGGGCGGCAAGUCGCGGACCGGCGUGCUGAUCCCCAUCCCGCAGUAUCCCCUCUACUCAGCUGUCAUCUCGGAGCUCGACGCCAUCCAGGUGAACUACUACCUGGAUGAGGAGAGCUGCUGGGCCCUGGACGUGAACGAGCUGCGGCGGGCCGUGCGGGAGGCCGAAGGCCACUGCGAUCCCAAGGUGCUCUGCAUCAUCAACCCCGGGAACCCCACAGGUCAAGUGCAAAGCAGAAAGUGCAUAGAAGAUGUGAUUCACUUUGCCUGGGAAGAGAAGCUCUUUCUCCUGGCUGAUGAGGUUUACCAGGACAAUGUGUAUUCUCCGGACUGCAGAUUCCACUCCUUUAAGAAGGUGCUUUACGAGAUGGGGCCUGAGUAUUCGAGCAACGUGGAGCUGGCCUCCUUCCACUCCACCUCCAAGGGCUACAUGGGCGAGUGUGGCUACAGAGGAGGCUACAUGGAGGUGAUCAACCUGCACCCUGAAAUCAAGGGCCAGCUGGUGAAGCUGCUCUCCGUACGUCUGUGUCCGCCGGUGUCUGGGCAGGCCGCCAUGGACAUCGUUGUCAACCCCCCAGUACCAGGAGAGGAGUCCUUUGAGCAGUUCAUCAGGGAGAAGGAGUCUGUCCUGGGUAACCUGGCCAAGAAAGCAAAGCUGACAGAACACCUGUUUAACCAGGUUCCAGGAAUUCACUGCAACCCCCUGCAGGGAGCCAUGUAUGCCUUUCCUCGGAUCUUCAUCCCCGUCAAAGCCGUAGAAGCAGCUCAGGCCCGUAAAUUGGCCCCGGAUAUGUUCUACUGCCUGAAACUCCUUGAGGAGACUGGCAUCUGUGUUGUGCCCGGCAGCGGCUUUGGACAGAGAAAAGACACUUACCACUUCAGAAUGACCAUUCUCCCUCCAGUGGAAAAACUGAAGACAGUCCUACAGAAAGUGAAGGACUUCCACAUAAAGUUCCUGGAGGAGUACGCCUGAGGGCCCCGCCACCCCAGGGGGAAGCCGUCCUUGGGCCUUCCUUCUCAUGGCACCUGGGUCAGCCUGGACUCGUCCCCCCUUCCCUGGUGACUCUGCCUCAGGCCUCCCAGAGGUCGCUGGUCGCAUUCAUCGUCAUUCUGCCCCAGGAGACUUCUUUCUCUGUGCCUUGAUGUUGGGAGCACUUCUCUGCGCAAAUGUGAAGAUGCAACAUCUCAGAGGCCCUGUGUUUUGAUGCAACCAAAGUAGAGGGACUCACUUAGCAGACACGGCCGGGGCUCUCUGAAUCUGUUGACGGUGUUGCUUUCAGUAAGUUCACUUGGAGUUUUCACACAACUAGGGUGUGUUGGGUGAGAUGCUUUGGCUCUGGAGAAACAAGCAGGUGCGGGACAUGUCAUGUAUAACUUUACCAUGGCAAGGACUGGAAACCCCAAACUCACCAGCGUGAUGAAAUAAAACCCUCAGCAGUGUCAAACAGUGGAGCCUGGAUGUCCAUUGGAGCCUUGGAAAGGGUCUUCCUUUCUGGGCUGAAGGCAGGCAACACCUCAGAUAGGGUGAGGGCAGCUGCACACAGGAUGGACAGCCCGCCAGGUUAGACUGUGGCAGGCACUGGGGGAUUAGGCCAAGAUCAGGGUCCUGCAGGGAGUGAGAGGGUCUGAGCCAGGCUCAAGUCAGAGCUGUGCGGGAGGUGCUGAGGACUCGGCUUGGGUAUGUCGGGUUCCCCUGACAUGCUUAGGCUGGGACCCAUGUCUGAGAGGUGUCUCUGGACUUCAGGGACACAGGAUGCAGGCCCAGCAAUGUCCCAGUUACACGGAUCUGUCCUGCUGGUGGUUUGCUCCCAGGGGCUUGAGCCUUUACAUACAUCGCCCCCUGCUGGCGGCAGGCAGGACAGUGAAAGGCUGAAAAUGUCCUCAUCAGGGCUGGCCUCAAGGACGUGGCAUCUGUUGAAUUGUUGAAUUUGGUUCAUUCCCUAGCUCUUAAUUGGUUAUAGUGCCUGGUAGCUCAGCUGUUGUGGAGGAGUACAUGUGAUCUGAUGGGAAGUUUAUCGUCGUGUUUUAACUUAAUACAGAGUGUCUGCCUCUUUCCACGUUGGCUGCUGGCUCCCCUCCUAGAGUCUGUAACUGCCCUAUAGCAUCACCUGCCUCUCAGACCAGGGGGUGUCACCCACCAGGUAUACCACUUCCCUGGCAUUAGCAAACCCGGGAGGGGCCUGACUCAGACCCCAGGAAAGCAGCUGCGGGCAACAGCAGGCUUGGUACCUUCUUCUCCUUCAUCGAGAAUCCUCCCCGCUUACCAUCUGCCUUGCCCAGGAGUGGUUAGGAAAGCCAAAGCAGCUCAGGAGUCUGGGGGCCCAGUAAGUCCCAAAGUGGAAUUGACGGAGCUGGAGAGAGAACUCAGAAGAGGCUAGAAAAGUGAGGUUUGCAAGUAGCCUUCGAUGCUAUAAUGUCCAUGCUAGGUCCGUGCAGGGGGAUGCAGGAGAAAACUUCAAACUUGCAUCACUCACUAGCAUUACAGUCCCUAAGAAGAAAGUAGCCUCAAUUUCAAAUUACGAAAGGGAACGCUUUGGAACUUUUCUUCUCCUUAAAAAAAAGUUUAAAAAAAUUGCACUUGCACUUGUUGCAUGGUGUGUAAGCCAGGAUGUGUCCCAGAGGUGUGAGAUUUCUUGUUUGUAGCUUAUGAAGGAUAAUGGUCACUCAAUACAUUCUAUGUGAGAGGAAAGGUCAAACGGUGGAAGCUAGUAUAUUUUUUAUAUUUUUCUAACAAUUGCUUUUUUCAUGGGGGGAGGAGGGGUUAGUAUUUGUAGUUUUAACAAGUCCAAUAGUGUUUUUAUAAAUCUCUUCAGAUUAUAAAUAACCCCUAAAAUCUUUGCAACAUUUACAUAAUUUUUAAGGAGCAAACCAAGCCGUAUACACUUGGUUUGCUUUUUAAAAAAAUGCACACGUAAGGUCAGCUAGUCUAGGAGGUUAAUUUCGGAUAAAAGUGCUGAUCUUCAUUGAUUUGAUUUUCUACAGAUUCUAUCCUGGUGCCUUUCCUGUCAGGGCACUGCCAAAGAAAGUUGUCAUUUGGGGUCACACUUUGAAUCUACACCUGUGCAGUUUUCUGUGUUUGUCCAGAUCCACAGUGGGUGGAGCUGGGGGAGCACUGGGCUGGACCUGGGACACACGCUGCCUCCCACCUUGAGGCCGGCUGGUUCUUCUGUUCCGAUGUUGUAUGAAACUUGCUCCAAGAGCAGACAGGCCUGCCUGUGCCUGUUUUCCAAAUUGGGUUCUCCCAGGCGUCUCCUGUCCAAGGUACCUAAUGAUAGCUCUGUUAGAAGUUUCUAAACAAUAAAAUAAUGUCCAAAAUGCUG